GUCUCAGUCGCACGUAGGACAUGGAGGAGGACACACGCAGGUGCAAAGAUGUUGAAUCCACAGAAGGAAACACUGAGGAAGAAGCAGACGGAUGAGGAGGAAGAGGCUGAUGUUGUUCAAAAGAGGAAACUUGGCUCCAGCAGUUCAGAACCUUCAGUUACUCCCAUGGCCACAAGAAGCACGAUGUCAAAGGCAGAAAUAAUGAACUUUCCUGUGAGUUUGGAGGAAACUGUGGAGUCAGAUGUCAUGUCUGUGAAGAGUGAUCGAUCUAUGGGGCAUCCUAUGUCCUUUCAACAAAAGCCUAAAAGUUCAGAACCUUCAGUUACUCCCAUGGCCACAAGAAGCACGAUGUCAAAGGCAGAAAUAAUGAACUUUCAAGAUGCUCCUAUGAGUUUGGAGGAAACUGUGGAGUCAGAUGGACACAGACCUUUGUCUCUUUGGAGAGUGAUAAAUCUAUGGGGGCAUCCUAUGUCCUUUAAACCAGCACCUAAAAGACGCUGGGUUCCACGUUGUUGUGUUUGUGAAGAGACUUUUGAAGGAGAUCCCAUGUUUCUGAGCUGUUCUCAUGUGGCCUGUACUCGCUGUGUAAUGAAGAACACUGAGUCACAGACAACAGGUCAUAUCCACUGUCCUCAGUGUGAAACCAAACAGAGACUCACACCAACUCCACAGGCGCUCAGACUCCUGACAGGGGACGAUAAACUCUUUCACUUAACUGUGAAACUGAAGGAGGAGAUGCACAAAAGGUUUUCUAUGACGAGUGAAGGAAACGGAGAUGAGAGGAGUCCCCUGAAACACAUCUACACUUCACUGUCCAUCAACUUUGGCAAGAGAGAAGUUCUCCCAGAGUACUACUCCAUGAUGAUGAAAAGAACAGAUCCUCAUGUAGAAGAGGCUCAAAUCAAUGAUCUUUUCCAUUCUCCACCAGUGAAGACCAGAACUGUCCUGACAAAUGGAGUGGCUGGAAUCGGAAAAUCUUUUUGUGUCCAAAAGUUCAUUGUGGACUGGGCUGAAGGCGCUGCUCAAAAAGAUGCUCAUUUUGUUUUCUGUCUGGCUUUUCGAGAGCUUAAUUUGAUCAAAAAUGAGACAAGUUUGCUCCAGCUCCUGACAGACUUCCACCCGGCUCUGAGCGGCACAGACCCACAGGUCUUAGACUGGACUAAAGUGAUCCUGAUCCUGGAUGGUUUUGAUGAGAGCCGGUUUGAUCUGGACUUCAGAAACACAGAGAGAGUCACAUCGCUGCAGGAGGUCACUUCUGUGUCCAACCUCGUGUUGAACCUGAUCCAGGGAAACCUGCUCCCUUCAGCCCAGCUCUGGGUCACCUCUCGGCCAGCGGCCUCUCAUCAGAUCCCCGGAGAGUUCAUCCACACAGUCACUGAGAUUCAAGGCUUCAACGAUCUCCAGAAGGAAGAAUAUUUCAGGAAGAGGUUCAGGAACAAACCAGAGCUCGCUGAAAUGGUGAUUUCACAUGUGAAGUCAUCACAUUCACUGGACUUGUUGUGCCAGAUCCCCAUCUUCUGCUGGAUGUCCUCUGUUUUAUUUGAGGAGGUUUUUGGAGGAGAGGAGCAGACUGGAGCUCCUCAGACCCUCACUGAGAUGAUGGCAGCGUUCGUGUCUAUUCAAACCAAGCGCAGCAGCAGAAAAUAUGACAAGACCCCAGAGAAAGAGAGAACCAAGCUUCUAAAAGCUAAAAGAGAGCUCCUCCUUAAAGUCGGCAAACUGGCCUUCAUCCACCUGCUAAACAACAACCUGAUCUUUUAUGAAGAAGAUCUACAACAGUGUGAACUCGAGUUCAAAGAAACCACAGUUGAAUCUGGGUUUUUCAGCUCCAUUCUCCAACAAGAGCAGCUGUUUUUGCAGCAGAACGUGUAUUUCUUUGUGCACCUGAUCGUACAAGAGUUCUUUGCUGCUCUUUAUGUUUACGACUGUUUUACCAACAACAAACCCUGGGCUCCAGAGCUGAGCUCCUUCUUGGGUCUAGAGUCAUCAGAGUCCUCCUCCAGACCUCCAGUGUUUGACCUUCUAAAGAUGGUGGUCGACAAAGUUCUGGAGAUUAACAAUGGUACCUUGUACUACUUCCAGCGUUUCCUUCUCGGUCUUGUGCUUGAAUCGAAUCAGAGAUUUAUUCCUGGAUUACUGCGCCCCCUAGAGUCAAGGGAAGACACUGUUAAAAAAAUGUUGAUCCACCUCAAAGCCAUUCGACGCAAAACCAUCUCCCCAGACACCUGCAUCAACCUGUUUAACACCAUGGUGGAGAUGGGAGACACUAAGAUCAGUGAAGAGAUACAGGAGUAUUUGAAAUCAGACGACAGAGCUCGAGUGCAUCUGACUCCUCUGCACUGCUCUGCUCUGGCCUUCACCAUGCAGCUUUCUAAGAGCAUCAUGGAAGAACUCGAUCUAAAGAGCUACAACACGUCAGAGGAGGGACGGCGGAGGCUCAUACCUGCUGUCAGGAACUGCAGGAAAGCCAAUCUGUCCGACUGCAGAGUGACUGAGGCUUUUCUGAAGCUUCUCUCUUCUGCUCUGACGUUUCCACAUUCGCCUCUGAGACAUUUGGAUCUGAGCAACAACGACCUGCAGGACUCUGGAGUGAAGCUGCUCUGUGAGGGACUGAGAAGUGCAACCUGCAGACUCACAACACUCAGGUUGUCUGCUUGUCUUGUGACAGAAAAAGGUUGUGGUUUUCUGGUCUCGGCUCUAAAAUCAAACCCGUCUCAUCUGAAGGAGCUGGACCUCAGUUAUAACCACCUGGAGUCAGGAGAAUCAGCCCUGAGUGAACUAAAGAAAGAGCCUCAGUUUAACCUCCUCCAGAUUGAUGUGUCUCAUGGAGGAAGUCACAGAAUGAUCCCAGGACCGAAGAAAUAUCUGUGUGAGUUCACCUGGGCCUCGCCCUGUGCAGAGGUGCAGUUUUCAGACCAGCAGAGGGCAGUGUCCCGCUCUGACCAGGGCCCAGACUUGGUGCUGGUGCGAGGGGCACAGGGUUUGAGCGGACGCUGUUACUGGGAGAUCGAAGCCUCUGAGCCGUUCAACAUCGGAGUAACAAACUGGAGCAGAGAGGAGGACGCAGAGUUUAGACUGGGACUAAACCACAAGUCCUGGAGUUUUGUUUGUUCUGAAGAGGGCUGCUACUGUCUCCAUGACAACAAGAAGAUCCCUGUUCCCUCCGUCCACUGCUCACGCUCCAGUCGACUGGCUGUUUAUCUGGACCACAUGUCCGGGGUUCUCUCCUUCUACAGAGUCUCCACAGACAGUCAACAUCUUCUCUUCACUUUCAGAGAGAAAUUCACUGAUAUUCUGUGUGUCGCUGCUGAGCUGAAGAAGAACUCUUUUGUCAAAUUUUACCACGACCAAACAAAGGAGAAAAGCCUGUAACCUGAGAUGUUUGAAGAAUCCCUCAGUCGUCCAGGUAGAAUCCACGGCGAGGAGAAAAUUCAGUUUGUCGACUGGACAAAAGUGAGUUUGGUUGAAGAUGUUUCUGGGCUCAUCCAAGCUGCUUCUUCAGUUCUGGACAGACGCUGGUGACACUUCCUUAUAUGUGACUAACUGAAACUAACACACACACACUUGUUUACAGUUUGUGUUUGUUAGUUGGGCCUGUUGACCUGUACAGGGUGUGGGGGUCUAAUUAGCAGAAUAAUUCAUGUCCAUAAUGGAGCUUCCACACCUCUGGUCCUGACCUGACUCCACCUGUUGUUCUUGUUUGUUUUGUUUUUAGGUUUGAGGAUGGACGUGUAAAUAGGAGACAGAUGGAGUCUGAGUCCUUUUCUGUUUAGAGAAGGAUUCUAUUUCUUAACAAAAACAGCUUCUUUCUCUCUCCUCUCAAACCAAUUCUUUUCUCUGGCUAAAAUCUGUACCUCGCUGUCCUCAAACGAGUGGCCCGUGGAUUUUAAGUGGAGAUGUACAUCAGACUGAGGUCCUGUGUUGUUCUCUCGUCUGUGUUGGUUCUUGUGAAGUGUUUAGUUUCUCCAGUGUCAUGUUCACUUCACUCAUAGUUUUGUUUGUGUCUCGGUGUUUUGUUCUUUGGGUUGGACCAGUUUCUGUCUUAAAGUGUUUGUAGGUUUGAAAUAGACCAGAAUCUCAUGACGUCUGAAGAUCCUCUGUAGUUUUUCAGAAACACCAGCCAUGUAGAGAAAGGUUCCCCCCUUUCUCCUGGUUCUGAUUCUCUGUUGUCCUGUUUCUGAGAACUAAAAAAGAGUGAAAAUAAUGAUUAGACUUUAUUUGUCACGUGUGUAAAGUGUUAAAUUUAAAGUGCAGCGUCUCAUCCACAUUAACCACAGAAUUUGUGAACGUCUGAACUGUGACUCCAGUUUUUCUGAGUCGUAGUUUCAAAGUAAAAAGUUGAGUUUGUUUGGUCGCGUGUGUCUGUUUACGUCCACACGGCGCACGGAUUCUCCACAGUGACUCCACUUCCCCAACACUUUAUCUCCAAUCUUUCCCGCUUUAAAAAAUCCCGUGUUUGAUGUUUUGCUCCACAUUUCACAAAUAAUAAUCACACAGUUUGGACUUGUGCCGCCGUGCAGAGUCUGAUCUUUGAACACUUAAGUGCCGAUGUGUCAGAGUCCAACCCGAGCCCGACAGAAGUUCUAAAUAUUUCUUCGGUCGCGUUUCCAUGCACUAAUUCACACAUUUCACACUAGAAACAUGUUUUAACAUUUAUUUAACAAAAUAAAGGUGUUGUCAUUUAUUUCUAUUAGUCUAGUUUAGAACUGUUGUGUAGUUAGGCAUGUUUUGGCCUUUUGUGGUUGCUCGGUAACAGUUAUGAAAUUAUCUCUAGCUCUAACUGUAGCCCCAAACCCAAACCUUAACCCUCGACUGAACCUUACCCCUAAACUUCAUCUAAAUGUCUCAGUUUCUGUCAUACUACACUUUUUUAAUCAUGUUCCCCUGAUGUAUAUUUGCACCAUACUUUUUGUUGGCGUGAGGCUGUUAUUUACUUUUCUUAUCGAGACCAUGUCACGCAUGUGUGUACCAAAUUUUGUAUGUCUUUUUUUUUAUUUUAUUUUUUUUAUAAUUUGUCAAAUUGAGGGAUUGGAUACCCAACCCCCAAAAAAUAAAAUAAAAUAAUAAUAAUAAUAAUAAUAAUAAUAAUAUAAUAAAAAAAAAACAAUAAUAAUAAUAAAAAAAAUUAAAAUAAAAAAAAAAUGGUGGUGGGGUUGGGGAGAGUGUGUGUAGUACAGUUUCUCAAUGCCGUGUUUGCAUGUGUGUAUUUAAAAAAUACACACGCAUUUUGUAUGUGUAUGAUAAAGUACCAUAUUACUAUAUUUCAGUAAACUUUUUUUUUUAUUUGAAUUUACUUUGGGAUCAAUAAUCUAUUUACCUCUUCGAGCUUUUCGCUACUAACCAGGCAACUUCUUCAGGACAUUCCAGAGGGAGCCACAGUGACAAACUCAAAACCCCGAAGAAGCCAGAAGAAGUAGAAAGUUCAGUUUUGUGAUAAUACUUUAGUCGUAGGUGUAUCGAUAUCCAAUUCUCGACGAUACAAUAUUUAUGAAGAUAUUGUGUGGAAGUUCACGAUAUGAUGGGAGGCUCACGAUUAGGGACGUAACAAAAUCCAAAUCUCUGUACGAUAUUUUGACGACGCACAUCUCACGGGACGAUAUUUAUUGCGAUAUUUUGUAGGUCUAACGAAACUGUUAAUAUUGUCAGUUUUCCUCUUUAAAUACCUUGACAAACCUUAAUCCAAAGUAUAAAUAAGCAUUAAAAGUAUUAGAACAGUUAUUUCUUCUUGUAGUUUGCACUGAAAGUGGUUCCGCACUCUUUUCUCUCAUGUAAUAUCUGUAUUUUUAUUUUAUUUCAUGAUGAUUAUUUAUGUUUCGAUUUGUUUGUGUUGUGAUUUGAAUGUGUUUAUUAUUCUGUAAACAGUGUUGGGAAGUUUACUUUUAAAAUGUAAUCCCCUACAGAUUACAGAUUACACACCCCAAAAUGUAGUUUGUAACGUAAUCCAUUAAAUUACUUAAAGUGAGUAAUGUAA